CGCGGCGAGCACCGGUCCAGGAGAGCGGCGGGCGCGCCGGCCUCUUACCCCGCAGCGGCCCGGCCGGGGCCCGAUGAGCAGCGGCCUCGGCCUCCGGCCCAGCCCGGAAAUGUCCGGCAAGAUCGAGAAAGCAGACUCCCAGCGCUCUCAUCUCUCCUCCUUCACCAUGAAGCUGAUGGACAAAUUCCACUCUCCCAAAAUCAAGAGAACGCCAUCCAAGAAGGGAAAGCCAGCUGAGGUGUCGAAGACUCCUGAGAAGCCCACGAGUAAAGAGGCAAGAGACAGAUUUCUACCAGAGGGCUACCCUAUCCCCUUGGAUCUGGAGCAGCAGGCAGUAGAAUUUAUGUCCACCAGUGCUGUGGCUUCCAGGUCUCAGAGGCAGAAGAACCUGUGCUGGCUGGAGGAGAAAGAGAAGGAGGUUGUCAGUGCCUUGCGCUACUUUAAGACCAUUGUGGACAAAAUGGCCAUUGAUAAGAAGGUUCUGGAGAUGCUCCCAGGGUCAGCCAGCAAAGUGCUGGAGGCCAUCUUACCCCUGGUACAGACUGACCCUCGGAUCCAGCACAGCUCAGCCCUCUCCUCCUGCUAUAGCCGAGUAUACCAGAGUCUCGCCAACCUGAUCCGAUGGUCUGACCAGGUGAUGCUAGAGGGAGUGAACUCAGAAGAUAAGGAGAUGGUGACGACCGUGAAGGGUGUCAUCAAAGCUGUGCUGGAUGGAGUGAAGGAGCUAGUGAGGCUAACCAUUGAGAAGCAGGGGCGGCCAUCACCAACAAGCCCAGUGAAGCCCAGUUCCCCAGCCAGCAAGCCUGACGGUCAGCCUGAGCUCCCUCUCACAGACCGAGAAAUGGAGAUUCUGAACAAGACGACAAGUGUGUCACCAUCUGCUGACCUGCUCCCAGACUCCACCAGUGAAGAGGUCGCGCCCCCCAAGCCCCCUUUACCUGGCAUCCGGGUAGUCGAUAACAGUCCACCAGCAUUACCACCCAAGAAGAGGCAGUCUGCUCCAUCCCCUACCCGGGUGGCUGUGGUCGCCCCCAUGAGUCGGGCUACCAGCGGCUCCAGUUUGCCUGUUGGAAUCAAUAGGCAGGACUUUGAUGUUGAAUGUUACACCCAGAGGCGCCUGUCAGGAGGCAGCCGCUCCUGCGGUGGUGAGUCUCCUCGCCUGUCCCCCUGCAGCAGCACAGGCAAGCUCAGCCGGUCAGACGAGCAGCUGUCCUCUCUAGACAGGGAUAGCGGGCAGUGCUCACGGAACACAAGCUGUGAAACACUAGAUCACUAUGACCCUGACUAUGAAUUCCUCCAGCAAGACCUCUCCAAUGCAGACCAGACCCUUCCACAGGCAGCCUGUAGCCUCAGCCCACUGCCGGAGUCCCUGGGGGAAUCUGGGACUCCAUUUCUUGGCCACCCUUUCCAGCUGCCUCUGAGCAGCUGUCCCCAGCAGGAGGGGCAGCAGACAGACACUCCACCUGCCCUUCCUGAGAAGAAGCGUAGGAGCGCAGUCUCCCAGACCACGGACAGCUCUGGCUGCAGGGUGUCCUAUGAGCGACACCCCUCACAGUAUGACAACAUCUCAGAGAGUGACCUGCAGAACCCAGUCCCAGGCCAGCCUGUGCCCUACCCGCCUUUUGCUGCUAUCCUGCCCUUUCAGCAGGGAGCUUCCUCCGCCCCUGCUGAGUUUGUGGGUGAUUUCAGUGUUCCUGAGUCAGCAGGUGACCCAGAGAAGCCACCUCCUCUACCAGAGAAGAAAAACAAACACAUGCUGGCCUACAUGCAGCUGCUGGAGGACUACUCAGAGCCACAGCCCUCCGUGUUCUACCAGACGCCGCAGAGUGAGCACAUCUACCAGCAGAAGAACAGGAUGCUCAUGGAGGUCUACGGCUUUGGCGACGCCUUCUGCGGCAGCGAAUCCACACCGGAGCUGGCCCCUCCACCCGCUUUGCCCCCCAAGCAGCGGCAGCUGGAACUGCCAUCUGGGAAGGACGGACAUCCCAGAGAUCCCUCAGUCAGCAGUGCAUCUGGGAAAGAGAGCAGAGAAAAUGGGGAGAGGUCCCCGAAGUCACUGGAUAGUCUGGAGUCAGCCCAGUCAGAAGAGGAAGUGGAUGAACUGUCCCUCAUUGACCACAAUGAAAUUAUGGCCAGGUUGACACUCAAGCAAGAGGGUGAUGAUGGGCCUGAUGUUCGUGGAGGUUCAGGAGACAUCUUACUGGUCCAUGCUACUGAGACAGACAGAAAAGACCUCGUACUGUACUGUGAAGCCUUCCUGACCACCUACAGGACCUUCAUCAGCCCCGAGGAGCUCCUCAAGAAGCUGCAGUACCGAUACGAGAAGUUCUCUCCCUUUGCUGACACAUUCAAGAAGCGAGUGAGCAAGAACACAUUCUUUGUGCUGGUGCGAGUGGUGGACGAGCUCUGCCUGGUGGAGCUGACAGAGGAGAUCCUGAAGCUGCUGAUGGAGCUAGUCUUCCGCCUGGUAUGCAGUGGAGAGCUCAGCCUGGCCAGAGUUCUCCGGAAGAACAUCCUGGACAAGGUGGACCAGAAGAAGCUGCUCAGGUGUGCCCAUUCCGACCAGCCUCUGGCAGCCAGGGGUGUUGCAGCCAGGCCAGGAACCUUGCAUGAUUUCCACAGCCACGAGAUAGCGGAGCAGCUGACACUGCUGGACGCCGAGCUUUUCUAUAAGAUAGAGAUUCCUGAAGUUUUGCUUUGGGCCAAAGAGCAGAAUGAGGAGAAGAGCCCCAAUCUGACCCAGUUCACAGAGCACUUCAACAACAUGUCCUACUGGGUGCGAUCCAUCAUCAUGCUGCAGGAGAAGGCCCAGGACCGGGAGAGGCUGCUGCUGAAGUUCAUCAAGAUCAUGAAGCACCUGCGCAAGCUCAACAAUUUCAACUCCUACCUGGCCAUCCUCUCAGCGCUAGACUCAGCCCCCAUCCGCAGACUGGAGUGGCAGCGGCAGACCUCAGAGGGCCUGGCUGAGUACUGCACAUUGAUUGACAGCUCGUCCUCCUUCCGAGCCUACCGGGCUGCCCUCUCAGAGGUGGAGCCCCCAUGUAUCCCAUACCUAGGUCUGAUCCUGCAAGACCUGACCUUCGUUCACCUGGGAAACCCAGACUAUAUUGACGGGAAAGUAAACUUCUCCAAGCGGUGGCAACAGUUCAACAUCUUGGACAGCAUGCGGUGCUUCCAGCAGGCGCACUACGAAAUCCGGAGAAACGAUGACAUCAUAAACUUCUUCAACGACUUCAGCGACCACCUGGCCGAGGAAGCCCUGUGGGAACUCUCUCUGAAGAUCAAGCCUAGGAACAUAACACGGCGAAAAACAGACCGUGAAGAGAAGACCUAGGAGCAGACUGGCUGUGAGCACACUCAAGCAGCCAGGAGAGGACCUGGGCCGUCCCAGCCCCAGCCUGUCCGUGGCUUGGCUGUGUGGCAGCACCUGAGUCUGCUGGUUUCUUGCCUCCCUCCCUAUGGCUAAAGUCCCAGGGUUCACAGUGAGCUGGCUGGCAGGCCUCAGGACUGGCUUGUGUAACUGGUGGGCCCUGGUCUGGUUUUGUUUUCUGUUUUCUGUCAGUGCUCCCUCCUGUUCCCUACUGUCCCCUCCACCUGGGGAGCAGAAGAAACCUGAGCAGCAGGCCAGGGGAAUGGCGGGCUUCCCUCCCCCCAAGGCUGCCCGAUGAGUAGAGGCCCUGGGACCCUUGGGUAGACUGCCCUCCAGGGAGAUGUGGCCAGGAGACGGCAGGAGGUAGAAAUGGCCACGGCAGGCGUCUUUUGCUGUCCGCUUCCUGCCUUUGAAACAUGAAGGGUGAGGCAUGCUGACCUGGCCCAGAGAGUGUGAUGGGUGAUAGGCAAGAGCCACAGGGCUGACACGGCUCACGGCACUGGCCCCAGCCCUGUCCUGCCUUGCGCGGCCCACUAAGGCUGACCUGCUGGGCUGACAGCAGCACCAGUAGCCCCUUCCGGCCUGUUGCCCACCGCUGUCCAGCCCCAGCCCCAGUCCACAUCACCGGUACUCUGGGGCUCAGGAAAAGGAGGCAGAAGGGAGGGAGAGUCCAUGCUGAGCUGGGGCCAGGGCUGUGCUUCCAAGUGGCUCAGAGAGUGAGGAUCUUCUGUGACCUGGGGAGAGGCAAGCAGCCCCUCAUGCUUGCUGUGUGCCUUAAAUGCCACCUCCUGUCCCUGCCAGGCCGUGGGCUUCCCUCCUCCUUUGCCCCAUCCCGGCAGCCAGCAGGUUCCUAGUCCCUGUUUGCUCCCUGGGAGUGUCUGUUGUUCCCAAGAAGGCUAAGCAGGCCUAGGAUGUGAGGCCUCCAGAGGCCUCCUGACUCCAGACAGGUGGCAGAGCCACCCCUGCUGCUGAGGUUGACAAUCUGUUCAGGGCUCAGGGCUAGGAUGUCCCUGGCCAUGGCUCUGUGGCCACCACUAUGGGCUAAUCAGCAGGGUGCAGGUCAGAAUUGAGAGGUGCUGCUGGCCCUGCACCACGCCUCCAGUUAGCUUGGCAUGGACAAGCACCCUCUUCUUCUGGUCACAGGGCUUGGUCAGACAGAUACCGGGAUCUCUGUGCUUCCUCAGCCAGUCCCAGAGCAGAAGAAGCGACAGCAGCAACUGCUGGCCGGUACUAGUUUGCAACAACUGUCACUCUGGACCCUCCUGGUUUUUGUUUUGUUUUUUGUUUUUGUUUUUUUUAGCAGCUUUUAUCAAAUAAGAACUGUGGGCCCCUCUUCUGUUUAUUUGUGCUGUAAAUAGAGAGGGGACUUCUGUAAACAGCCCCUUGGCCGGCUCCCUCUGGCAGCAGCCGGUACUGGAUUGUUUAGGGAGCAUGUGUGGAAUCAGGCUUGUGAGCAGUUGUGUGGGUCUUUGGUUUGUUUGUUCCUCUUUUACAGGUCCUUUCAUUUCAGUCUUUGCUCCUACUUCCUGUCCUUCACCAGCUCUGAGUGCUGCUGUGUGCAAGUGGGAACACUGUGCACACGGGGUCCUCCCCGCAUUUUAGAGGCCCCUGUGGCCUCCCUGUGUAGCACAGGCCGAACUGAGGCCUAGCCUACUGGUGCUGCAGCCAACAGAGUGGGUCUGUGGUCUGUGUCUACUGAUGCCAAGCAUGAGCUGGGCAGAAAGGAGGGCUCCCCUUCUAGACCCAGAACCCCCAGGCCCGCCCUACGAUCCUGGGAGACUUAGCAGACUAAGUCGAGGGCCAGGGCAGCUCUGGAGCUUCCGUGUGGGACAGCGAGGUGCGAUGUGUGGGUUUAACUUAUUAGCCAGCAGGCUUCCCUAGUCACCUGCCUCUGGCCGCGGCUGAGCCCAGUGCUCACGCAGCCUGGCUUCCACAUGUCUGUCUGUUUCUUAGGGGUGGGGUCUGGGAGCGCUGUGAAGAUCGGUCUCUGGAGACACACUAAGCAGCAUGGACGGUUGGGUUCCCGGCAGGGGUUAGCCCUUACCUGUGGGUAUGGUCUGACCAAGGCAAACACCACAUUUGGCUGACCCUUAAGCCGAGACACCUGCUCCAUGCCUCCCAGUGUGGCACUGUAAUAUAACCCCCCACUAACCUGUCUGACAGUGCAUCUUCCUACAGACAGAACAAGCGCGCAACUUUUAUAUGAAAGAAAAAUAAACAGACAAAAGCCA